CCGCACCACACUCUCACUGCGAUUCCGCUCUCACCCACCUCCUCUUCCUCUCCCCUCCCGGGAUCACGAGGCGACGCCACCCGCGAGAUUGACGGGAGCCGAUAGAUCUGCGCGGCUACGCUACGCAGUCACACUGCGCUCACCUGACCUGACUCCGCUCUGUUCAUGCCGCGGAGGUAGAGUCCGCGGGCCGGCGGUGGCCACGGCCAGCCUCCUCGGCCGUCGGGAUGAAGCCGCGGAGGUUCGGCUACGGCUACGGCUACGGCUACGGCCGGGUCAGGCGCGCGGCGGCGCUGCUGCUGCUGCUGCUGCUCUGCCUCUGCCUCAGCAGCCUGUUCCUCCUGCUUCUCCAUGGCUCCUCCACGCCGCUGGAGCCCGCGGCGGCGGCGGCGGCGGCGGAAGCAAGAGUUGCCGAGGCGCAGGCGGAGGUCGAGGAGGCGCCGCUGCCGCCGGGGAACUCCAAGGUCGCCUUCCUCUUCAUCGCGCGCAACCGCCUCCCGCUCGAACUCGUCUGGGAUGCCUUCUUCCGCGGUGACAAGGAGGGGAGGUUCUCCAUCCUCGUGCACUCGCGGCCGGGCUUCGUGCUCACACGAGCCACCACUCGAUCCCGAUUCUUCUACAACCGUCAGGUCAACGAUAGCAUCCAGGUGGAUUGGGGGGAGGCGAGCAUGAUCACGGCUGAGCGCAUUUUGCUCAGCCAUGCUCUCAAGGAUCCACUCAAUGACCGCUUUGUUUUUGUAUCUGACAGCUGUGUACCACUAUACAAUUUCAGCUAUACUUACGACUACAUAAUGUCGUCAUCGACCAGCUUUGUAGACAGUUUUGCUGAUACAAAGGCAGGGAGAUACAACCCAAGAAUGGACCCAGUUAUCCCAGUGGAGAAUUGGAGAAAAGGCUCACAGUGGGCUGUGCUAAUUAAAAAGCAUGCUGAGGUUGUGGUUGAUGAUGAAGUGGUGUUACCAGAAUUCCAGAAGCAUUGCAGGAGGAGACCCUUGCCAGAGUUCUGGCGGGAUUGGGAUCGUCCUAUUCCUGCGGAGGCAUGGAAAGCCCAUAACUGCAUACCAGAUGAGCACUAUGUUCAGACGUUGCUUGCACAAAGUGGUCUAGAAGAAGAACUUACGCGGCGAUCAGUAACACAUAGUGCAUGGGAUCUUUCAGCUUCUAAAGAUCGUGAAAGACGCGGGUGGCAUCCUGUAACAUAUAAAGUCUCUGAUGCUACUACAAGACUUAUAAAAUCUAUAAAGGAUAUUGAUAAUAUAUAUUACGAGACCGAAAAUAGAAGGGAGUGGUGUACAAGUAAUGGAAAGCCAGCCCCCUGCUUCCUUUUUGCCAGGAAGUUUACACGUGGAGCUGGUCUGAAGCUUCUUGAUUCAUCACUGAUAGCUUCAAAGUGAUGAAUAUUAGUGACAGAUGCAAGUGCCUUUUGAUUGUUUCACCUUUCGAGAAUAUUUCAGUUCACACAAAUGUAAAGGUACGGGACCACGGAAAAGACACAAAAUAACAGGACUUUCUUUUUAUUCAGUGUGUGAUUAUCAUAUAUUAUUUUGUUGCUUCAUAGAAAGGCACGAUACAUGUUGUAAAGAAUUAUCUUCGUUCCUUUUAUUUCCUAGGAUAGCACGUCCAUUAACACAUGACUCAGCAUUAUAACAUCAGUCGACCAGUUGGUCGUGGAGUCCUGAGAAAACUUGUCGGCAAAAUUAUGAAGAAAUGUUCUCUC